AACAAAGCAAGCAUAUAUAGAUUUAAACGCAGCAUGUAGAAUGUGCAAAAUAAUUCUUUUCUUUUUCUUUUUCUUUUUUUUUAUUUUAUUUUAUUCCAUUAUGGGCCAAUCGCCAUCAUCUGCAGUUUCAAGGCAUGACAAUGCAUCCACUCGAACACUUCAUUCAAGCUCCAUGCACUCAUCACAACCAACAUCGUUCUUUAGAAGAAUCUCAAAUCGUCUUCACGCAACUCAUCCUGCUCGUCGCUUUAUUCGACCUAGACAAAACACAACUCGACCUCAGCAAACAAGUCCGCCGAAUACAACCCAUUAUCAUGCUCCCUCUACCACAUCUUCCGUACGCCGCGCUACACAAGAAGCCACUCAAGCGGCAGCAGCAGUAACAGGACCACCUCAGCCCUAUCUUGUUCAUGAAAAUAGUGUGACAUCAUCUUCUGAUUCAACACAUACCUUUCUAAGCGAACUUUUGCACAAUGCAUCUCGAGAAGACCAUCAACGUACCAGCGGAAAUUCAUUUUUACGGUAUUUACAAUUACCGCUUCGAGCCCCACAACAACAGGAGCAUGAACCUACACAAUCCUCUGCUUCGUCAACGACUUCAAGGCGAAUGCAUAUUUUGGUGAUUGAAUAUCGUCCCCAUACCAAUAUCGAUGUCGAUACAACACCAUUGACUCCUCCUCCUACCUAUCGAUUUAUGGGUGGUUUAAGAAGACCAAGAUCACAAGUCUCUACUUCUUCUUCUACAGAUACGAUACAGUCCAUGCCACUCUCUAUGAAUUCAACAACCACAACACAUGCUCGGUCAUUUCAUAGUCAACAACAAGACGGGCAAUGGAUUGUGUAUGUGUUGAACAAUAACCAUCCUAAUUUCCAGUUACUUUCUUCUUCUGUUGUAUUGGAAGACAAUCCUAGUUAUGAAGAUUUAUUGUGGCUAGGGAAUAUGCUGGGCCCGGUCCGUCCCCUCACCACCACGCAGGCCGCAGUGGAUGAAGCCAUACCCGUAACUGACUGGUCAGACGACACAAAGAAAUCCCUUAAAGAUGACCAAUGCCUCGUGUGUCUAGACGAGUUUAAACUGAAACAGUCUGUACGUAUCCUCAAAUGUCAUCAUGUCUUUCAUCGAGAAUGUGUUGAUCGUUGGCUUUGUGAAGCCCAUAAUUCAUGCCCAGUGUGUCGACGUAUUCCAGUCUAAUGACAUUAUUAUCUCCCCCUUUUAUACUCUAUCUUCAUUGUCAGUUACUAUCAUCCCAUGUACGUGUGUAUGUGAAAUUUACCUACAUACGUCUCUCUCUCUCUCUCUCUCUCUCUCUCUCU